AUGCCAAGCAAGUUGAACACGUGUCGCAGCACUAAGGUGACUCUCCUGGCGCGCUGGCCGCUGUGGCCGCCCGGCCCCCGGCGGGCGCUGGCGGGGCAGCGGGGCCCGGAGGGCGCGGAUCCGGAGGGCGGGGGCGCCAUCCCCUUCUCCUCUAGCAAGGCCAGCCCGCGGCAGUGGACCGUCAGCAGGUCGAUGGGCAGCGACCACGAGAGGCCGUGGGGGAAGGUGGUGCCUGUCAGCCUGCUGUGCACCGGGCUGUUGCUCUGGUGCGUGUUCAGGAAGAAAACGGAGAUUGAUGAGCGAUUGGAAGCAAUUUUCUCCGGUGAGAUCGUGGACUCUUUAGACGUGGCCCAAAACAGCAGCGCUCCCGUGCAACCGCCGAAGUAAAGGAGUUGCCAAGAGGUUGUUGGAAUUCGCCUCGUUCAAAGCUGUACUGACAUUUAAAUGGGAGAACUUGUUUUUCCAGCCAGACGGCAGCCUUAUCUCCAAGCAUGAUUCCUUCAUGUACCAUGCUGUCUUCUGUGCUGGUCUUGGCUUAAGUUCCCCUGGCAGCACAAGUAGUGGUUUCUUCCUGCAGUGCACAGUGAGGAUGAAGAGGAUGUAUUGCAAAUCGACCUGCAUUUGAGUAUUCGUUUUGGAAAACUCGUCUCUUUCCCAGGAUCACGUUUCUUAGAUGCACAGUGUAGUAAAAUAUCGCAGCUGUAAGUCUGUAAAAUUGCUGCUGAAGGUGACCUUCAUUUGACAUUUUGCUAGUCACAGAGUGGGUUCAAGUGUAUCCUUCAUUAAUAUGUGAUUCUUUGUCUACUGAUUGUUUUUUUCUUUGUAAUUUUACUAAAUAGCAUGGAAAUGACCUUCUUCAACCCUUCAUGCAUAGUCAGAACUUGCUUUGUGAACUAGGACAUUUCAGGCGGGUCAGAUUUAGAUGAUCAUUACCAAUAGGAGGAGUUUUUGCAGAGAAUCUAAGUGAUAGGUUUCAUUAUAGCGGGGAGGAAACCUCUAGUUUCAUUAAGCAAUGGGGUUGGUAUCUGGUGUUUCCUACUGGUUCAUAGAUAUUCCAGCUUGCACACUCUGGAGACUUUUCUUGUCAAGGAAGAAACUCAAGCUACUAUUAUGAUUUUGUCUCAUUCGAAGUUAGAGACUUUUUUUUUUAAGUUUUCAGCUGUGAAAUUGCAAACCUGGGUUUGUGCCAUUACGAUUCCAAGUGAAAAAAAGCCAAACAGUACACAAACAAGCCCCUAGACGAACUAAAGCUGUCAGCAGCUAGUAAGACAGGCUCGAGGUAGAGAGAAAACUGACUUAGAGUCACGUUUGUCUGAUACUGAUGAGUCUCUGCACAACACGUGCCACAUGUUUUUGCUGGACUCCCUGUAAUUUAACCAGAUGAUGUCUAGUAAAUGAGCACAGCUGCUUUGGUACUGUCACAAGGGUUAAUUUGGCUUGGGAUUAAACUGUAGUAGAAUGUUGCAAAUGAGAUACAUGUGUAGAGGUGUCCUGGGACAGAAAAGAGUGAUCCUGGAUUUUAUUGCAUUGACCCAAGGUGUGAUGCCUGUUUUUCUGACUACCUUGCUUUCGCUUUGUUCUUUUAAAACAAUGAGCCCACCAUUUUACUGCUUUGUUGAAGGAAAUAAAAGAGCUGCCCUCUU